UCCUCUUCACAACAAUUCCUAUCACUACUACUGCGACGACGACGACGACGACGACGACGACGACGACGACGACGACGACAACAUGCGGUUGAUGUGCGUCGGGAAUAAGGGCGAGAACCUAGAUAUUGAGACCGCUCUCGAGCAGGAGCCUUAUGAAACCCGAGGGCUACUAGUCGAUGCCUUCUUCCAGUGCCAGCAGCACCUCUCGGACUCCUUCAACUUCAUACCCGUCGAACGAGGUAUUCGAGAUGCGCUACUCGGGUUCGAGGCCGACAAGGACAGGCACAUACGUAGCUACAUGCUCAGCCGCACGAUGGACUCCCGUGUCCUGUCGAGCCCCAGAACAGCCCUGCUAGGUGAGUCGUUGAAGCACGGGGGGCCGCUUGCCUUGAUCUGGACGUACUAUGCCACGAUAGACGCGCACCGGAACACUUGUAAUCGUGAGGUUCUGCAUCUGCUCGUGAAGUUCUCGCUCGAAUCCAAGCACCAGCUCUUUGCCAGAAUCCACAAGUUCCCGUGCAACCCCUCGAUAAACAACUGGCUUCUCCGUAUCCUGGGCCAGCUGGAUCUCGACACGCAGAACCUGGCAUCUAUACUGCGGUGCCUGGGCUCCUCUUCUAUACCCAUGGCUCUGUUCCGCCGCGUAUGGGAGCCCUCGCGGUCCUGGGGCGAGGAUGGCGUGGUGGAGACUAGGACUCUGACGGUCACGGUUUCUAGCGAGAAGGUGUUCGCAAGCGCCCUCUAUUUCUUAGAAUACGUCGGGUUUGUGCGGGUCUCAGGGGAGCAGAUAGACCUCGACCGGCGUAUCUCAGAAUUCUUGCAAGGACGUUUCGAACAGCCUACCUGGGUUGCUGACGCUGUAAGAAUCAUGGCCCACGCGUUUCCCAUAUAUCGCUCGCUAUAACCGACAAGCUAUAGAAAAGACUGUGAAACACUUCUUUCUCACCUCAAGACAGUUUUGUCAUAUUUGCCUCCAUUGCAACUUGAGAAACUACUGAAUCAGCCAUGCCUCACGCAGCUCGUCAAGGCGUGCUUGUCUACCUCCUAUCUUCGGGAUAAAGACUGGAAGUUUACUGCCAUCUCUGCCGCGGCCCAGGCCGCCAAGGCGCUGGCACUGGCAGGCUCCUCCUAUGGCGCCGUCUUGACAGCAAAAGUGCAAAUUAGAGACUUGACACCCCUCCGUCUAUACGAAGAACCGAGCCAAAACGACCGAAGACAUCACGUUCCCUAUAACUGACCAC